AUGCCACCAGUAAAUUCAGAAUGGCAUAGACUAGCCGUUCUAAAUCCACUUGAUAUUGAUAAUGAUGACGAAGAACACGUUGAGCAAUUGAGUACAUCAUUUUCACAUAUCAAUCCAGAUGAUAUUGAUAAUAUUGAUGAAUUACGACAUGGUUUUCGUUUGGGACAAAAAUUUAUUAAUUAUGUUAAAAUUCAAAAAGAAGAAGCUUUUCAGUCGUUGAUUAAACUUGUGGAUGAAAAUAAACGAUUGGGAACGUUUCGAAGCGCCGAUACUACUACUUCAAAUUACCAACAGUAUAACGAAGAACUUGCACGAAUGCGAGAUGAAGCUGAAAUAUAUCGAUCAAAAUAUGAAAAUAGUCUUCAUGAAGUUGAACAACUCCGUAGUAAUUUAGGUGAAAGAGAAAAACUUGUUCAAGACUUAAAAAAUGAGAAAAUGUCCGUUCAAAAAAUAAACGAUGAUUUGGCAAAACGCAAUGCAGAAAUUCGAAAUCAACUGACAAGACCAGAUGAUAAAGACAAAUUAGGAAAAUUACGAGAAUAUGAACAACAAUUAAAUGAAAUAUUAACAGAAAACUUGCAACUUCAUGAUGAUAAUGAAAAAUUAAAAAUAAAAUCAGAAGAUUUAAAACGUGAAUUGGCUGAUGCAACAAGACACAUCAAUGAAUUGUCAACUGAACAUUCAAGAUCAAGAAUCCUUCUAAAUCAAAAAGAGCAAGAAAAUUCUUCUUUAAGAAAUGAAGUGAAUUUACUUAAACCUCAAGUACAAGAUGAUCGUAGUGACGAUGACGAUUUAAUUAUGCGAGCUGUUGAAGAUAAAGUUAGACAAUGGACAGAAGCAUUUCGAGCAAAAGAUGAUGAAAUUGCUCAUUUGCAACGUGUAAAUCUUGACCAGUACAAUAAAUUACAGUUGAUACCCCGUGGCAGUCAAGAAAAUGACAUUGCAAAUUUGAAUAAGGCUUUGGUAGAAAAAGACAAACAAAUUCUUAUAUUGAGAAAAAAUCUUGAAGAAGCACUGUUAAAUUUAACGAAACAAACGGAUGUUAUGGAAAAAGUGCAAAAUGGAUUAAUGAUUGCCAAUGAUCCAACAACCGUACGUUCUCAACAAUACGAUUAUGGACGUUUAAAAAAGCAAAUUCAAGAUUAUGAAACAGAAUUAACCGAAAAAGGUCGUCAAUUGCAUGAUAUUACGAAACGUUUUCAAGACAUUUGUGAUGGUAAAUAUGAAUUACGCGAUGCUGUACAAGAAAUACGACAGCUGAAAGAGCAAAUAAAAUUGAAAGAUAGACAAAUGGAACAAUUAUCACAAUUCGCAUCAAAAAAUGAGUUGAAUAUGAACGAAAUAAACGAUGAAAAUGAAGAAUUGAGAGCUAAACUAGGAAUGGAUCCUAGAAAACCAAUGAAUUUAGAACAAUUGAAAACAGCGCGAUUAACUAGAACAGAAGCAAAUCAAGCUGUUGUACAAGUAUUACAGAAAGAGAUUGAACGUUUAGAAGAAGAACGUUUAAAAUUGAAACAAAAUUGUCGUCAGUUGGCUAAACAAGCUGGUGCACGUGCUGCUGACUUGGGUUUAACAGGUGAUUCAGUAUGGUUUAAUGAUGAUGGAAUUAUCAAAUCGAGUGAAAGAACAACCGAUGAUGUUAUACGUGUUGUUCAAAAUAAUUAUGAACAUCAAAUGAAACAAUCGGAUGAUGAUAUUAAUCAAUUGAAAAAAGAUCUUUUUGAUAAAACAAAUGAAAAUAAAGCAUUAUAUGUUGAAAUUAAUGGUCUUGAACAAGGUUUGAAAGAAAUUGAUCAACAAUUAAAACAGAAAAAAUUUCAACGAAUUCCUGAUGGUGAUGCAUAUUCGAUUCAAUGUCCAUCAUUAGAAAAAAUGCUUCAACUACUUGAAACUCAAUCUUUAGCUGGUCGAUAUGAUGCGGCAUUAUUAAUUAAAAGUGAAAAUGAUAAUUUACGUGGAAGAAAUGCUGAAUUAAGAAAUGAAUUACAUAAUUCAAGACAAGAAACAAUGAAAUCAAAUAUUAAUUUAAAAUUAAUAACAGAAAAAUACGAGAAACUUCAACGUGAUGCCAAACUAUUAGAAGAUGCUGGUGCUACACCGUUAGCAUUUCAAUCAUUAAAAUUACCUGAUGGUCUAUCACAUUCGAGUCGAGAUAUUAUAUCUUGUUUAAAUGAAUAUUUGGUCGAUGCUCUGGCUGAAUUAAGUGCUCAACGUGAAAUGAAUAAAGCAUUAGAAGAUGGAUUAGAUAAAUAUCGUCGAAAACUAAAUGUAAUUAAACAUCAAACAGGUCUAUUAUACAAAGAUUUUACAGAUAAACAAAAUGAAUGGAAUACAGAACGUGACCAAACAAAUGAGAAGAAGAAUGAUUUACAAACGGAAAUUGACAAAAAUAUGGUUAAAUUGCAAGAAUUUGAUCGUUUAUUAGACACAUUAGGGCAAGAUGACAUCGAAGUUAGACGUCGUGUCAGUGAAAUCACACGAAAAAUAACGGUAUUGAGAGUUAAUGAAAAAACAUUAGGACGAAAAAUUUUAUCUUAUCAAGAUAUUGAAGGAAGAUUGAGAAAGGACAAUACUAAACUUCGUACAGAGGUUGUUGAUAUGGAAGUAGCUGUUCAAACACGUCUCGGUUAUUUACAACGUUACAAGGAUACAGCUGCAUAUAGAAUCAAAAAUUUACAAAAACAAGUUGAAGAAAGUGUACAUCAAACAGAAAUGGAUAAAAUUAAUAAAAAAUAUGAAGAUGUCGUGGAAAAAUAUCGUGAUCUAUUAGAAAAACAGAAUAUACAUAUUCAAGAAACAGAACAAUCGGGUAUAUUAAGUGAAGAUAAACGACGUUUACAAGAUGAAGUCGAAUUUUUAAAACGACAAUUAGAAAUAGAUAAAGAAAAGAUGCAUUUAUUAGAAGAAACAUUAGAAAAUUUGAAAAAUCAAGGACUUAUUAACGCAGGCUAUGCAACUGCUCAUUCAGUCACAGCUGAUUUAGAUUCAACUGGUUUAUCAAGAAAAAUAACGGUACUUGAAAUGAAAGAAUUAAAUGAGCGACAACGUGCAGAAUAUGCACAAAAAUUAUAUGAUCAACAACGUCAACAUUUACGACAAAUAGAAGAUCGAAAUAUUGAAUUAGAAAAAAAAUUUAGUGAUUUAACAAAAAUGAAUUUAGAAAUGGAAAAAACUGAACGAGCAUUGAGAGAUGAUUUAUCGAAUGCUGUUCCAAAAACGGUAAAUGAUGCUAAUCAAAGACGAAUAUUUGAUUUGGAAAAUGCUGAAAUUCAAUAUAAACAAGAAAUUGGUCGUUUACGUGAAAUAUCAGAAGUAGCUGCAUAUCAAACAGAAGCGAUUAAUGAAAUGAAAGUAUUAGAUGAAAAAGAAUUUCAAUCAUUACGUUUACAAUUGGUUGAUUUACAAUCACAAUCAGAUGAAAAAACAGAAAUUGGUAAACUACAUCGUCAUAUUUUAUCAUUACAAAUAAGCGAAGCAACAUAUAAACGUAAACAAUUACAAUCAUCGAAUGAAAUUUCUAAAAUUAAAGCACAAUUAUUUCGUACCGAACAAAAAUUAGAUGAAAAAGAGCAAAGUUUUUUUUUUAUACGACAAGAAUAUACUCAAAGAAUAAGAUAUUUAAGAACAGCACUUCAGGAUUAUCGUCAAAAAUUUGCUGGUGCUGUACCACUUCGUCUACAAGAAUCGUUUACUCGUACAAUGAUCGAAUUAAGAAAUGGAAAAAAACAAUUGAGUAUUGAAAUGAAAACGAUUGCUGAUCAAAAAUUUGAUCUAGAAACACAAGUAGCCUCGUAUGAAUUAAAACAUAAAUUAUUGGAAGAAUUAGUAUCAACAAUAAAAGAUAAUUCUCGAACACAAAAAAUGAUUGAAUGGCAACAAAAAUUAGAAAAAUGUAAAUUAAAUGAAUUAAGACAUAUUCGAUUGAAUAAACGAUAUGAAGCAGAGAAUUUGCAUUUGACAACGUUAAUUCACCAAUUAGAAGUAAAUAUUGUUGAUUUAGAAGAACAAAAUGUUAAAUUUGAAAAAGAAAUUGAAGAACGACAACUUUUAUGGGAACAUCGUGAAUUAGAAAUGGAACGUAAAAUUGAAAGAUUAGAAAAACAACAAACAGAUAUAGCUGAUGCGGCAAAACGUUUCGAAGAAGCAAUGGGUAAUUAUCCCGAUCCGUCUUUACCUGUUGCACAUCAAUUAGAGCAAGCAUUAUCUAUUAUUCGUGAUCAUUGUCAGUUAUUAAUGGAAGCAAAAGUACAAAAUCAACUAGUUCAAAAGAAAAUGGAAGAAAAUAAUGACAAAGUGAGAGAAAUGGAAAAUUCAAUAUUCGCUCGAGAUAAAGUUAUUCAUGAGUUAAGAAUACGUUUACCAACAACGACUAUACUCGAUUCAGAUAAAUUAAUAUCGGAUGUAAUGACACGACCAGAUGACUAUUCACGUUUAACAGCUGUUCGAGCAGCACAAAGCACCAUUGAUAGUUUACAAGCACGUAUUUUACAAAAAGAAGAAAGUUUGAAAAAGUAUCAAGAUUUAUUAAAAGAAGCAAGAGAAGAUUUAAAUAAACAAACAAAACAUUAUGAAGAAGAAAUUCAAUUAUUAAAUGAACAAUUACACAAUAAACGAGAUAUUGAUUUUCUUAAAUUUAAAGAAUAUGUAGCUCAAGGUGGAAAUCCAGCCUCAUAUCGCAAUACACCAACAUCACACGAACUUGCACAACUACGAGCAUUGGAAGAAAACGUUACCGUUCAAGAAAAUACAAUAGCUCAUUUAAAUGAAAAAGUACGAGAAGCAAGACAUGAGGCAGAAUCAUGGAAAGGACGCUUAACACAAAAAAUAGAUCAAUAUAAACAUGAUAGAGAAUCUUAUAAAAUAUCACAUGAAAAAAUUGUAAAUGAACUAAAUCGUGAAAUUGAAAAAUCAAAAUCAAAAUUAAAUGAGCAAGAAAAGAGUAUUCAACAAUUUAUGAAUGAUCUUGAAAAUCGUGAAACACAACCGUCAACAAAAACGACAAAUUUAAAAACAUCAAUUAAAAAGUUAAAAGAAGGAUUUGCAGGAAAAGCAGAACAACAUGACGUAUUAACUCGUUUACUAGCCGAGGUACGAUCGGAUUUAGAUAAUAUAGAUAAACGUUAUAAUAAAGCGAAUAAUGAUGAUCAACAAAAUGUGAGUGCAGUAGUCGAUGGAAAAAUGUCUCAAUUACAAGAGAAAAUAGAUGAAUAUGAAAUUCAAAUACAAAAUUUAAAACGAGAAUUAAAAGCACAGAAGAAUCUUGUACAACAAAUGACUGAUGAAGCAAAUGAUGCCAAAGCGAGAUUAUCACGAAGUGAAAACAAACUAGUUAAAAUGCAACAACAGAAUGAUUUGUUAAAUGACAAUGUACAACGGCGUUUAACUCAACAACCGCAAGGAGAUGACACUGUAGAAUCUUUAAGACGUCAAGUUAGACUACUAGAGGAUAAAUUACGAAAAACAAAGACAGCCGAGCGUCCGUAUGAUGACUCUAAAGAUGAUCGAAUGAGACGUAUGACUGAAGCAAAUGAAAAAUUAAUACAACAAGUGAACGAUUUGGAUACACAUAAAAAGGAGUUGCUAAAAUUUAAUCAACAAUUAAAAGAUGAAUUGAGCAAAGUACGGUUACGUGUAGAAGAGUUGCAAAAGUAUUCUACAUUUUUGAAAAUGGAAAAUGAAAAUUUACGAAAUGGUUCGAGUCCACGUUCAACAUCAAGUGGUAAUAUUCGACGAAUUGGCGAAUCUGGUCGUUCAACAGUCGAACUUGAAAAAAUAAUUGCAUUAAUGAAGAAAAAAAUUGAUCAGAUACAAGCUGAAAAUCAAAAUCUUCGAUUGGAUAACGAACGUCAUCGCGACCAUUACUCGUCUCUGGAUGAUAAAAAUCGUACAUUUUUUACUCAAGCAGCUGCAUCAACAAAAGAAAUUGAGCAUAUGGGAGAAACAAAUUCGAGAAUGUCUACGCAAUUAGUGCAAGUAUCAUUUCCUACAGAAAAUAUAUGUCAUCAAUUUUCGUCUGUAAAAGUUUAUCUUGAAGAAGACUAUCUUGGCGAAGGGACGUUGUGUAUAGCUGAAAGUCAAAUAUUAUGGGCCAAAGUAUCAGGUGAUGGUCUCACAAUCGAUUAUCCUUCAUUGACAAUGCAUGGGAUUGUUUCACACGAUCCAAGACAUCCCGAGGAACAUCUAGUUGCUAUUGUUGAAAAACCAAAAGAGGAUGAUGAAGAAACAACAACAGAUAAUCAAACUGAUAAUGGAACACAAGAAAAUGGGAGUGGAGAUACUGAACAUGAAUCACCCGUUGAAUACGAUGCUAUUCAAACUGUUAAUUAUCGUUUCAUAUUUACUGAUAGUGAUCAACUUAAAACGACAUAUCAAGCAAUUGCUCAAUGUCAAGCAUUACAUCGAGAUCCGUCGGAUGAUAUGAGAGAAGAUGAUGAAGACGGCUCGGAUAUUGAUUAUGGAAACAAUGACGCAGAAGAAGGAGAAGAAGAAGAAGAAACAUAUUACGGUGGUUACGGCCAUGGUCAUGGACAGGGUUUAUACCAACAUGGACAUUAUCCAAACCCAUCUGGCCUGGCAGGAGAACAUAAUAAUGAUAAUGAAGAUGAUCCCUAUCUUGAUGAUGAAGAAAAUCAAUCUAUGGAAUAA